UUACACGCGCUGCGCUCGCUUCCCCGUGUCAGGAUUUGUCACGUGUCUAUACCGUUUAUUCCUCACUGAUUACCGGAGACUUUGUGCACUUCUUCUCUACAGUCACUUAUCUCCCGAUCCCCGCGCGGCUGUAACUGUAAGGAGCGCGAUGUUGUCCGCGGUACCGAAACGUUUGCUCAUGCGCAGGUCCCGCAGUCUGUCACCCUGUCGCCUCCUCCACACCGACCCCGGGCAAGCUAAUGUGCGCCGUCCUAAUGUGGACGACCUUCAAGCUUCUGUGAGGAGGAAUCCGGGGAUUUUCGCGUCCUGCGCCUCCAGAAAGUGUACGUUAAUGAGGGAGCGCGAGGAAGCGUGUAACAAUACCGGGAACCUUCAUGCGCAGUACCGGCAGUUAGCCAGCAGGUGGCGCACGAGCCUGGAAAGUCGGAGGAGCUCGUGGGCGGCGCUGGUCACCGCGGGACACACCGGGUCUUACCGGGAGGAGAGGGGGGGCCAGAACACCGGGGAGGGGCAGAACACCGGGUCCAGGGGAUGGAGAGGAGCAGCUUCAGCAGGAGUUCUGUCCACUGGCGCCUUGGUCUUCUGCUUCAACAAAGACAACAACAAAAACACUGCUGAGGCUCUUCUGAACGCAGCCAGAUCCAACAAUGCAGAGGAGAUGAAAAGGUUGCUAGCAGAUGGAGUUGAUCCAAAUACUCGUCAUCAUCUCGGUUGGACUGCUCUAAUGGUUGCCUCCAUGAACGGACAGCACAAUGUGGUGAAGGUUCUGUUGGAGUCCGGUGCUGAUCCGAACCUCGGAGACGACUUCAGCAGUGUUUACGGAACAGCACGUGAUAAAGGCAUACACUCGCUGGAGGUGUUGGUGACGAGGGAGGAUGAGUUCAGUAAUCGCCUCAGCGCUCGGGCUAGUUUCCGUGGUUGCACACCACUUCAUUACGCUGUCCUCGCUGAUGACCUCCGCACUGUGCGCAUGCUCCUCGAUGCAGGUGCGAACCCCCUGCAGGUGAAUGAGUUGGGACACACUCCACUGUCUUAUGCUAAAGAGGGAGAGAUGCACACACUGCUGAAGGAGCGUGAGGAAAAGUUUAAGGAAGAACAGAAGCAGAGGGAGGUGGAGGAGAGGAGGAGGUUUCCUCUGGAGUACAGACUAAAGGAGCACAUCAUCGGCCAGGAGGGGGCCAUCGCUACUGUCGCCUCAGCUAUCAGGAGGAAGGAGAAUGGCUGGUAUGAUGAAGAACAUCCCCUUGUCUUCCUCUUCCUCGGCUCUUCAGGAAUUGGUAAAACGGAAUUGGCAAAGCAGGUGGCUCGUUACAUUCACAAAGACAUUAAAAAGGGUUUCAUCAGAAUGGACAUGUCAGAGUUCCAGGAGAAACACGAGGUGGCUAAAUUUAUCGGUUCUCCACCGGGGUAUGUCGGUCAUGAGGAAGGCGGUCAGCUCACUAAACUGCUGAAGCAGUGUCCGAACGCUGUAGUGCUCUUUGAUGAGGUGGAUAAAGCACAUCCUGACGUCCUCACCAUCAUGCUGCAGCUUUUUGAUGAGGGACGUCUGACAGAUGGGAAAGGGAAAACCAUUGAAUGCAAGGAUGCCAUCUUCAUAAUGACCUCCAAUGUGGCAAGUGAUGAAAUUGCCCAGCAUGCGAUACAGCUCAGACAGGAAGCUCAGGAGCAGAGUCGCCGCCGUCUGGCAGACAGUCUGGAUGAAGUCCAGCAGAGUGAGAAGAUUACCAUCUCUAAGAAGUUUAAAGAGGAAGUGAUUCGCCCCAUACUGAAGGCCCAGUUCAGACGGGAUGAAUUUCUGGGACGAAUUAGCGAAAUCGUUUACUUUUUGCCUUUCUGCCACUCUGAGCUCAUUCAGCUCGUCAGCAAAGAGCUCAACUACUGGGCCAAAAAGGCCAAACAGAGGCACGACAUCACCCUGCUGUGGGAGCGAGGCGUGCUGGACCUGCUGACUCGAGGAUACAACCUUCACUAUGGCGCUCGCUCCAUCAAACAUGAGGUGGAGCGUCGGGUGGUGAACCAGUUAGCAGCAGCAUACGAGCAGGAGCUCCUCCCUGAAGGCUGUACACUCCGCCUCACUGUGGAUGGAGAACUGCGAGACGAGGAGGAGGAACAAGGGAGUCCAUCUCUCCGCCUGGAGAUAGUGGAUAAAGACAGCAAAACACGAAAGCUGGAAAUUCGUCAACCACAAAACCCAGAGCAGGUGGCAUACAGGCGCUAACUAACCUCCUGUUUAACACCUGCUAACCUCCUGUUAAACACCCACUUACUUCCUGUUAUUCAACCGGCAGUGCUAACCUCCUGUUAAACACUUGCUAACCUCUUGUUAAACACCCGCAAACCUCCUGUUAAAAACCCGCCAGUGCUCUCCUCCCGUUAAACACCCGCUAACCUCCUGUUAAACACCCACUAACCUCCUGUUAAUCAACCGCCAGUGCUAACCUCCUGUUAAACACCCGCUAACCUCCUGUUUAACACCCGCUAACCUCUUGUUAAACACCCGCUAACCUCCUGUUUAACACCCGCUAACCUCCUGUAAACACCCACUAACCUCCUGUUAAAUGCCCACUAACCUCCUGUUAAACACCCGCUAACCUCUCAUUAAAAACUUGCUCACUUCCUGUAAACACCCGCUAACCUCCUGUAAACACCCACUAACCUCCUGUUAAACACCCGCUCACCUUCUGCUGAUCUCCUGAGUGAUGAAUCUAUAUCGUUGUUAUUCCUGAUGAAGAGACUCGUCCUGGAAGCACCACCAUGCUGGACAUUAAAUACACUGCUUCUGAAAGGUCCACGUUUCUCUUCAGACCAAAGGACAGUUCUGGAUUUUUCAGAACCAAGGAAAUUCUGCACAACUGAUACAGCAUUGCUUCAUACUUUGGGUAUUUAAAUCUUCAUCAUCUGUGUGUCACUGCAGACACAAAAACAUGCCAAAUAAAUAAAAAUGUACAAAAAUAUGACUUAAAAAUAAAAUAUCCGAAAAUAAUAUUUAUUCAAUAAACAUGAAAACUUUUUUUUAUUAUGAUUUGGUUUUAAAUAAACACAUAUGAAAGUGCUGAUAGACAUUUUAUUAACAUCACUAAAGUACAUGAAAUCACAUUUACUAAUAAAACUAAAUAAUAAUAAUAAUAAUCUCAUACUUUAUUUAUCUCAAGCAUUUAUUACCACAUGUUGCAUCACUAAUAGGACAUUUAUUUAAGAUCAGUUACAAUUAAUAUUUACAGUUUUAUUGGGAAAGUCAAUAAAUAAUAGUGAGUCAUUAAUUUAACAAAUGGAAAUAUUUCAGCUUAAAAGCUGCAGUUAAAUAAAUUCAGUGUAGAAGGAAACUGAACUACUGCUUUAAAAAGUUAUUCAAAAAAGAGAUAGCUAACUAUAAGAGAUAGCAAGAUAACUAUUCAUUGUAACUGUAUAAACUAUAGUGUGUGUGUGUGAAAAUGGAGCUGUAUAGAAUUAAAUUUAAAUGAAUGAAUCUGCAUGUGUUUUGUCUUUCUGGUCCAUUAAAACAGAAUAAAUUUCAUGAAUCCUA